UGAUUUAAAGUCUGUAGGUCAGCCUUCAAAUUGCAAUAAUAAACCUGCAACCAAGGUCCAUAUACCAGGAUGUUGCUCCAUAUGUUGCUUUGUUAGUCUUUAAAAACAGUGAACAAGAAGAGUAGAUUUUCCCAGACUUGUUAACUCAUACAAUACAUAAUAUCUCACAGGUAUAGUCAGUUGGUGGUUUAUAUUUGCAUUCAAAGCAGUAUUGGGUAAUCAUGACCUCUGUGGAAAAGGGGAAACACUUUCUUGCCUCAACAGGCUUUCUUUACUUUGGGAGGAGUCUUGGGCUGUUUACAUCCAUUUAACUUCAUACAGAUGUUAAAAAUUGGUCCAUUAUUGAAAAGGAUCACUGCAACUCUCAGCUACGGGGAGGUGCAGAUUUGCAAGAUGCACUGCUAUGAGAAUGUGGUCAACUAUCUCAGCUGUGGGAUAAUCCUGACGGGACUGGGCCACCUGAUCUAUCACAAGAAGGCGCAGGCCAGCUAUGGACGCCACAUGAUGCUCUGCUCUGAAGCUAGAACACUCCCUGCCAGACUGGCCUGGUUCCUCCAGGAGAUGCCAGCUCUCCUGAUGCCCCUGCUGCUAAUGCUGCCAGCACACAAAUCCUCCAGUUUAGGGAAGGAUCUCUUGCUGAAGACCUUUUGCUUGCACUACUUUCAAAGGACAUUUGUCUAUGCGUUACUGACCAGGGGACAGCCUUACCCGCUGGGUGUGAUGGUGGCAGCAGCUUUCUUCUGCUUGCUCAAUGGCUUCCUGCAGGGCCACUACCUCCUGUACUGUGCUCAGUAUGAUGAUGAAUGGUUCGCUGGCUAUCGUUAUAACAUAGGAUUAAUGCUCUUUUACGUUGGAAUGGCAAUUAAUAUACACAGCGAUUACAUACUGCGUAACCUGAGGGAACCAAGGGAAAUAGUCUACAAGAUUCCUAAAGGAGGUCUGUUUGAAUACGUGUCUGGUGCCAACUACUUGGGAGAGAUUGUGGAAUGGUUUGGCUAUGCGGUGGCAACCUGGUCCCUUCCAACACUCUCAUUUGGUGUGUUUAGCCUCUGCUUUAUUGGACCGAGGGCCCAUUACCAUCACAGGUUUUACCAAGAGAAAUUUAAAGAAUACCCUAAGUUUCGAAAGGCUUUGAUUCCAUUUAUCUUCUGAGAGCAGAGGAGGAGCACAGGGAUCUGCAUAACAGUGGCAGUUUUGAAUUGCAGUUGCAUCUUUUACAUUUGACAAGAAUACCGGUAUGUUAUGAUCUCCACUGCAGAAUUUUUUAUUGUACAUUUACUUUAAAAUCUUGUUUUUGUUAAUAGAGGGACUUACACGAAGAUCAAGUCAAAUGUCAUGGCAUAAUAAUAAAAAAGGUUAAUUCCAAGGUGUUCAAGUACCUAUGGUUUUAGCACUGGCAGCGGUAAUCAUCCAUGGCUGAUGAACUGUCUUGUGAAAUGCUGCCCCGUGUGGUCAGACGUGGUACUGCUUUUCUAGAGAGUAGAAACAAUUCCACGUAUACAUGUAGUAAUACAAAACUGACAAUAAGACAGUCAUCUCUUUCUUCUCAACAUGUAGAAAUUAGCUUUUUACUCGUUUAUAUAUGUAUGUACAGUUUUUUGUCUUGUUUUUAAAAAAAAAUGUUUCAAGAUGUAAUUUACAUGUAUUGUUUUGGUGCAACAAAAAUAAAGAUAUUUGUACUCUGUU